UUUUCUAAUAACAAACAACAAACCCUUUCUCUUUCUUCCUUCCUUCUUAUAAUCAUUUCCCACCAAACACUCACUCACACACACUCCCCCCAUACCUUCUUCUUCUUCAAUGGUUUCAUAAACUCUUUCUUUCUUUCUUUCUUUCUUUCUUUCUUCAUCCUUCCUUCCACGGGCCGGGCCGGCCCGACAACAACCAUUCUCAAGCCCUAAACCCUAUUCUCAAGAUCAAAUUCAAUUCAACCAUUUAAUUGUGGCUAUGGAAAGGGCACUUUUGGGUAAUGGUAGUAGUAAAAAAAUGAAAGAUAAUUGGGAAAUUAGUGAGAAUAAUAAUUUGAAGUUUGACAAAGAUUACCCUUAUGGAUAUCCAUGGCCUCCAAGGUACUACUCAUGCAACUUUUGUCAAAGAGAGUUUAGGUCAGCUCAAGCUCUUGGAGGUCAUAUGAACAUUCAUAGGAGAGAUAGGGCAAGAUUAAGAGAUCUUUCUCUUAAUAACAACCCAUUAUUGUCUAAUGACAAUUCUGAUCAAAACCCUAACCCUAACCCUAAUAUCAACCCUAUUUCCAACCCUAGCCCUAAUAACAAUCCUAACCUUAACCCUAACCCUAACCCUAACCCUAUAAUUAGCUACUCAACUACUUCUUCUUCCCCAACCAACAACACCAACAACAACAACAACUUCUAUGGGCAACAAUACUCCUUGGUUUCGCUAUCUCUCUCUUCAAUCCCACCACCUUCAAAAGAUGGAAAAUGGAAAUAUGUUUCUCAUCAAUCUAAAGUUGAUGAACAAGAUCAAGAAAUUAGGGUUUCAGAUAGUAUUACUACUACUACUACUACUACCAAGGAAGUUGUGAUGUUGGACUUGGAGUUAUGUCUUGGAGAAGCAAAGGAAGAUUUAGAUUUGGAGCUUCGCCUCGGAAUUUAAUUAUAAUUAGUAGCUAAUUAAGCUUAGCUUAAUUGGCUAAGCUAGUUUGAUGAGUGAGCUAAAGUAUAAUCGAAUUCGUUGUUGUAAACUUGUAACAACGUUACAUGUAAGGUUAGCUAGCUAUCUUCUCACUCGAUCUAUAUAUGGAAGCUACAAGCUUUUAUGCUACAAUGUGUGAUUGAUCUAUUUGUUUCCCAAAGAUAGUGAUGAAGGAAAAGUUUAUGGAGUU